AUGUCUGUAAAAUCAGAACAUACCUCUCAUAUCACCCCGCCCUCUUUUACUUACCCACCGCUUCCGCAAGAGCCGUAUACCACUCGCAUGAUCCGCCUGCUGCCACAUAAGGAUAAGAGGGCACCAAUACAGUGUGAGCUGUUCAACUAUGACUUGUCAGAGACAGGAGGUGGAGCGCACCUUUAUCAGGCACUUUCUUAUGUAUGGGGAAGUGAGGUGAAGCCCGAAUCAAUCAUUCUAAACGGCUAUACUUUCCAUGUUACAACAAAUCUCCAUAGCGCACUGGUAAACCUUCGAAACCGCCAACUGGAAAGAUUACUCUGGGUGGAUGCAAUCUGUAUUAACCAGGAUGAGGAAGACCAGGGAAAUGAGAAGAGCAAGCAGAUCCCACUGAUGCGGACGAUUUAUGCACAAGCCGAACGCGUCAUUGUCUGGCUGGGAGAGGCCACAGAGAAUGGUGAUCAAGCGCUCGAAAGAAUCCGUUGUCUUGGAGAAGGACAGGAUAAAUCCUCCAUUCCGAACCAUUUGGAAAGCUAUGAUGCUUGUCUGCGGUUGCUACAGCGAGAUUGGUUUAGCCGUAUCUGGGUGGUGCAAGAAGUUGGUGUCGCACGAUGUGUUUAUAUCAUGUGUGGCUCUGUAUACAUAAACGGACACAUUUUCUGCGAAGGGCUUAGCAGAUUAAUGAUUUCUUCGGAUAUCCUGAGUAGGUCUGGCCCGGUCGCUUAUCUCAUAAAAGGUGCACUUUAUCGGCCAAAAUAUGAGCUUGGUUCACGCGGGUCCAUCUCGAUAGGGGAGCUCAUUGGCAUGUAUCAGAGCCAUAAUGCGACCAAGCAGCAUGACAAAGUAUAUGCACUGUUAGGCUUAAGUGCCGACCCUAUCACAGCUGCCCUAGAGCCGAACUAUAACCUCCCAUGGAAGGAGGUAUUCAAGCAGGUCGUCAAUCAUAUAUUCCCUGAAUGUUCGGUGGACACAUGGAAUGAGACAGAAACAGUUGUUAUCAAAGGCCAAGGUCGGAUUUUAGGACAUAUUAACUCUGUUGAAGAGAACGUCUCUGAAUUUGGGAAACAGAAUAUUGAAAUUCUCCUCAAUGACACUGCCCAGUGGUUUGGUUUUCAUUUCCUUUGGGAAACUAAUUGGAAACCACAGGCUUCUGCAGUGCUGAUUCAGGCUGGCGAUAUUAUCUGUCUUCUGAGAGGGGCCUCAAAACCAAGCAUCAUAAGGUUGUGCAGAGACCAUUUCAUCGUCGUCAUACCGGCAGUGACACCUCAGGAAAGACAAGGUAAAAAGAGUUUAACGAUGAUAUCUCAGGAAAGACUAUUUAUGAAUGGUAAUCACGAUAUUCUCCUCACAUGGAAGAUUCCUCGCUCUGAAACAGAAAGUAAGGUGGUCAAGGCAGCAGCAGGGAAUAUGGGGCUUCAUGGACCCCAGAUUAUGGAGGUUCUAUACCAACACCAAGGGACAGGUCUCCCAGUUUCCGAAGAAGUGGUCAAAGCCGCGACAGGGAAUAAGGGGCUUCAUGGGCCCCAAAUUGUGGAGGUUCUAUUUCGACAUCAAGAAGAUAACCUCCCAGUUUCUGAGGAAGUGGUGAAGGCAGCGGCAGAGAACAGAGGACCUUAUGGACCUGAAAUCAUGGAGGUUCUAUUUCAGUACCAGGGAGAAAAUCUCCCAGUUUCCGAAAAGGUGGUCAGAGGAGCGGCAGGGAACAGCCGUCGUGGACCUGAAAUCCUAGAUAUUCUAUUUCAACAUCGAGGGGAGAGUCUCCCAGUUUCUGAAGAAGUGGUCCAGGCAGCGGCAGGGAACAGACAUUAUGGACAUAGAAUUAUAGAGACUCUAUUUCAACAUCGAGGGAAAGGUCUCCCGGUUUCCGAAGAAGCGGUUAUAGCAGCUGCAGGGAACAAAUAUCGUGGAUAUCAAAUUAUGGUGAUUCUAAUUCAACAUUCAGGAAAAAAUCUCCCAGUAACUGAAGAAGCGGUCAAGGCAGCGGCAGGGAACAGACGUCGUGGACGUGAAAUCCUAGAGAUCCUAUUUCAACAUCAAGGGAAGAGUCUCCCAGUUACUGAAGAAGUGGUCAAGGCAGCAGCAGGGAAUAAUGGAGAAUGUGUACCUGACAUCUUAAGGCUUAUACUUCGCCAUCGAGGAGAGAGUUUCCCAAUUUGUGAAGCGGUGCUCAAGGCAGCAGAAGGAGACCUGAGGAGUGAACUUGGAUCAAUGGCGGCACUACAUCAACGUGUCCAGGAGGCUAUCUGA